AUGAUUGAUACUCCCGAUCCUUAUGUGCAACUGAGAGUGCCAGCAUCUGUAUCAGGUCGUAAGAGAACAGCUUACAAGAACAAUGAUGUCAAUCCAGUGUGGAACGAAAGUUUCAAGUUCACGUUGGAUCAAAAUAAGAAAAAUAAACUAGAGAUUACUCUAAUAGAUAAGAAUAUUGCAUUUGGUGAUGAGAUACUUGGAGUGGAGGGAUAUGACCUGGAUACAUUGCCACUAAACGAACAUCGCAAUAUUGAAAUAAAAUUCACCAAUACGUCAACAGUCCAUUUAAAACUUAGAAAAACUAAAGAGGAGCAUAAAGGCUUGCGUUCCAGUCUUGCUCUUUGUGACGAAGAGAAAAUGUUCCAGUAUGCGCGCAGAGAGAAGAUAUUUCACAACAUGCAAUACAUCUUGGGCGAAGACGCCCCUUCAAAUAUUAGCGAAGUUCCUCAUAUAGCAGUACUGGGCUCUGGAGGUGGUUUCAGAGCUAUGGUUGGAUUGAGUGGUGUAUUCAAAGCUUUAUCAGACACCAAGAUACUUGACAUGGUGGAAUAUUGUGCUGGGCUCUCAGGCUCAUCGUGGUAUAUAUCUCAACUAUACUCCCACAAAGACUGGCCUAAUAUCAAACCAGGCAAACAAAAUCUAGAGCUACGCCAACGUAUCGAAUCUUCAUGGACGAAACUCUUAAUAACGCCAAAAACCAUGUACAAGUACAUAUCCAGUAUUAUUUCCAAACGUCGCCAGGGGCAACCAGUCAGCUUCACCGACUUCUUUGGCCAUUUGAUAGGAGAAACUCUCAUAGGAGAUAGGAUGGACUGCAAGCUGUCUGAUAUGGCUGCCAAGGUAAUUGAUGGCCAAGCCCCGAUGCCUCUCAUGACGUGUCUCCACGUAAAGAAACAUGUGUCAGCAAUGGUCUUUCAUGAAUGGGUUGAAUUUUCGCCAUUUGAAAUCGGAAUGCCAAAAUAUGGUGUGUUUAUGAAGCCCCAUCAUUUUGGGAGCAAGUUUUACAUGGGUCGACUUCUGAAAGAACACAACGAGCCACCAUUGCAUUUCUUACAGGGUAUCUGGGGCAGUGCAUUCACGAUUCUGUUCAAACGACUUUUAACGACGAGUGAUGCGACUAAGAAAGACCCAAUUCAGCUGAUGAGAAUGGAUUCUCAGGAUGAGAGAAUGGAUAUGGACACAGCUAUAACUAAUGAUGCUACUGUUGACACAGAUGACGAGGAAUCAAGUGAUGCGAGUGAUAGUGAUACUGAGAGUGAACUGGAUGAUGAUGAUGAUGUUGAAGACCUUCUGGUCAACAACGACGGUGUCAACUCUGAGAGAAAAAACGAGUUCUUUAUCGAGAUGGAAAAUAUCGAAGAAGCAACUAAUGAUGCCCUUCAUUCAGAUGAAACCAGUAGUGAUAGAGAUGACAAUCCAAAUGACAAUGUUAAAUCAAAUGAAAACAUACCUAGUAGUGCUAAAGAUGAAACCAUAUCAAGUCCCACAUCUGCUACAAGUCAGAGUACAAACCCAGCAGAAAUAUAUAAACGGACAUCCAGAAGGAUGUCUCUAAUGGGCAAAGUAAAACCUGUACCUCAAGGCCCAACUGUGAAGAAGCUUCGAAAACAGCAAUCAAGCUCUCAGAAAAAGUACAAGAGUAGAAGUAUGUGGCAGACAAUGCUUAUGUCAAUGUUUGAGAAAAGCGAAUUGUUAAGUACAAGAGCUGGACGAGCAGGGCUUAUACAUAACUUCAUGAGAGGACUACAAGUAGAGAAGGUCUACCCAUUCUCACCGUUUUCUCCUACCACGCCAUCCGACCAAACCGACUUUAAGUCAAUAUUUGAAGAGUAUGCUACCGAUAUGAAGAGGCUGUAUAUGGUAGAUGGCGGACUGACUUUUAAUUCUCCAUAUCCCUUAGUUCUACGGCCACAGAGAAAGGUCAACCUGAUCCUGUCAUUUGACUUCAGCGCUAGAGAUUCUGAUGAUGCUCAACCGUUUAAGGAACUCCUUCUUGCCGAGAAGUGGGCCAAAAUCAACAGGGUACCAUUUCCAAAAAUAGAUGUCUCUAACUACGUAGACGAACCACCAAGAGAGUGUUAUGUAUUCCGGAAUGACGACAUUCCUUACUGUCCUGUAGUCAUGCACUUUUGCCUUGUAAAUAACGAGUUCAAGUUUUACAAAAAGCCUGGAGUUCGACGCGAGACGAAAGAGGAGACGGACUUUGCCGACUUCAGUUUAUUUGACGACCCAGAGGCACCUUACUCAACCUUCAACUUUACAUACUCAAACAAAUCAUUUGACAGACUUACUCAACUAACCGAGUUCAACACACGUCUCUGCGUGGAUCGCAUACGAGAGGAGAUUCUCAAAUGCAUUGAGAAUAAAAAAUCUGGUCAGCGAGCCCAAAUGUCGAUGAAAGACAUUCCGAGAUUACGUCGUAUGAUGUCUAAAGACAAUGCUUCACUAUUGGAGUCAUAUAUAAAGGAAGACGAGGAAUCUAAUACUUCCUCCCAGGUUGACUAAAAUGUGUUCGCCCUUGUCCAUUAUGUUCAUAUUUGACUGGAUAUUGAUCAUGCUCCUAGAUAAUGUUUCAAGGGCAUUAUAAGGUACUUUUUAAGGUCAAACCUUGGUGUCAAAUAUAAACAAUUACAAACAGCCAUAACAUUGUUUUUUCCUUGGUUUCAACAUAGUUUAUAAUCGUAUCCCUGAAAUAUGAGCCCCCAUUACAAUUGUUUUCCCCAGGGUGUCUCAUUUUUAGGUGGGGUGGGCCAAUUUAUAAGUUUUGAUAACGUCAUUAUCAACUUCAGUUAGAGUCAUUCUAAGUGAAGCCAUUUUCUUUAAAAUUCUCCAAUAUCGCGGUUGUUUGAGCAU